AUGACUCAAAAUUCAUUACCAAUUGAAAGGCUUAAAGGUCGUGAGAAUUUUGAUACAUGGAAGUUUGCAGUACAAGCUUACCUGGAAGAUUUGGAUUUGUGGGACUGUGUAUCUGGUGUAGAACAGGAUAAGAAAAAGGACACUAAAUGUCGAUCAAAGCUGAUCUUAUUGGUUGAUCCGGUGAAUUAUGUACAUAUUCAAAACACAACCACCGCAAAGGCAGCUUGGGACAAUUUAACGAAGGCUUUUCAAGAUGAUGGUUUAAGCAGGAGAGUUGGACUUCUCCGUAUUCUAAUAACUACAAAGCUGGAAGAUUGUAGUUCUGUUGAGGAAUACGUGAACCGCAUAGUCACAACUGCUCACAAGCUUACAAAUGUGGGUCUGCAGGUAACCGAUGAAUGGGUUGGAACAAUCUUACUAGCUGGUUUACCCAUCCGGUAUGAACCAAUGAUAAUGGGAAUUGAAUCUUCAGGCAAUAAAGUCACAGCGGAUGCAAUAAAAACAAAGUUAUUGCAAGAUGUGUCUCCGGUACAACGUGAUAUGACUUUUGCAGGAACUGAUUCUGCACUGUAUGGUUCCAGUUCAAGAGGGACAGUUCACAAAGUGUAUGAAAAGAACAGAAACACGAGUAGUUCGGACAAAAAUGUGAAGAAAGGUCCGAGAUGUUAUAGAUGCAAUGUUUACGGUCACAUCUCAAAGAACUGUACAUCUACAAGAGUAGUGAGCAAAAAUAACGUAAACUCUGGCAAAUCUAAUACGUCACUCUUUGCUGCAUUUUCAAUGCAAUCGGGCGUUAGUAAUGAGUUCUUUUUAGACAGCGGUGCAUCUUGUCAUUUAUGUGUUGAUGUUAACAUGCUUCUGAACGCAAGAAAAGGCCAAGCACUAACGAUCACCACAGCAAAUAAUGAGACAAUGGUGACUGAUACCGUCGGUGAUUUGAAGCUUCCAAUAUGUAUUUCUGGUGAGGUCUCGGAAGCAAAUCAAAACGGAAAGGCAGAGCGUCUCAACCGUUCCCUCCUAGAACGAGCAAGAUGUUUGCUGAUAGAGUCUGGGCUUCCAUCUAGUUUUUGGGCUGAAGCUGUGAAUACUGCUGCUUACCUUCUGAACAGAUCACCAUGCAGGUCCGUGGAACUAACUCCAAUACAAGUGUGGUCAGGAUCUGGUGUAAACCGAAGUAACGACGAUGUUACUGAUGUUACUGACAUGAACAUUAUUCCGGACACAACAACUCGACCGCAGCGCGUCAGAAACCUCCCAGCUGCGUUGAACGAUUAUGUUACUUAUUUCUCUGGCGAGCUAUCCGAUCCAAUAUCUCGCGAAGAAGCAUUGAAUAUGACUUGGACCGGAAGCCCGAAGGAGGGACAGAUCCUUAUCAAGGAAGGACGAACAGGUGCAAGAUAUCCUGCAGGAACGGCUCAACAAAGAGUCCUUAGAGCAAUUAAAGGACCGCUGAGUCAGUCUUGUGAAGAACAAUUGAGUUUAUCUGCGUUAUCAAGCGACUCGAUGCUAAAGUGGACGGUGCACAAGACUGGAGGUGGCUGUGGAGGUGGCGGCGGGGGCGGCAGGUCACCGUCGCAGUACGGGGGCGGCGCAGGACCUUGCUACAGCAUCAGACGAGCCGCCGCCAGGCUCUCGCGUCACCGCCCCCGAGGCAAGGAGAACUGUGAUGGCGACCAGGAGAACGACUACAGGCCUUCGCCCCGCAAGCGAGACAGUAUCUACAUGUGUCUGGACUCCAUCCCAGUGGCUCUCAGGGACGUCAGCAACUACCAGAGCGUCCCUCGGACACCUGAGAACCAGGCGAAGUCCCUGGGUAGGGCCAGCCUGGGGAGUCAGCCUAGACCUCGCCUCAAGACACCUUGUUCGUCUUGUUCGCCUCACAGGAAAGAACUGCUGAGGGAUAGACAAACAGGAGUGAAGCGUGGCAGAAGACAAACACCUUCGCAUCUGGUUGCAGGAGAUCCCGAUAGAAAGUGUAGGGCAGAAAGCUUCGUCUGCGAUAGUGUGUCUCCAGUAAGAAAAAAACAGCCUUGUUCAAACUUCAGACACCAAGACCUGGCAGCCUUCUCAGACCAGACGCCGUCGACGAGUGAGAGGUCCACCCCUGACCUGCCUCACAUAGAGUACUCCCCUUGUCCUCUCAGGACAACACAGAGUCUGGUAGCUCUCAGACAGAGGAUGACAGACACCUUCCCUUUGAUAUCACAAGGUAUAAGCUUGGACAACCCUCUGUACUACGCGCUCAAGCAGUCGCCCACCCCCAGUCCCGUGGACCUGGUGAACAAAGAAAUACCCACCUUCAAGAAGGAUGCUUCGGAAACUCCAGUCCAUACGAGAGAGUUCAUGUCGAACUUUAUCAAAAAUUUGAAUCUGGGGUCAAAUGAGUCUGACGAAAUCAAACUGCGGCCUAGGCAAUCGAUUCUUCCCUGUGAUAAGUUUCAGUCGUGUUGGCUCUCCAAGGAGAAGGCGAAGACGUGUGAGGUGUCGCCGUUGGCGAGGAAAUUAGCGUGGCUGAGACUAAACAAUGUAGAUAAAAGUGCAUCGGGGAAAAGUCCUAAGUGCGAUGACUUACUUUCUAAAGAAAACACUGUAAAUUUUUCCAUGUCGGAUUCAAUUUUUGAGAAUUAUAAUUUUUCUCAAGGACGUAGUGUUUCAUGCAACCUUAAAACGUUCGUUCAUGAACACGAGGAUUGUGAAAAGAGGAAGGACAUAUUGAAUCAAAGAGUAGGUGAUAUAGUAGUAGGUUCUAGUGUUAUAAAUAUCCUAAACACCAACCACGACAGGAAAAAGUGCGAAAACGUGUUAGCGAAUUCAUCAGAGCGACCUGAAAGUGAAGUUACAAAUUUAGAUAUAAGUAGGAAUAGUAUUAUCAAAAAUUGUGUGAAUCGGUCUAAUGAGGAACGCGAAUUGAAUGCUGUGCUGAAAAGACGCGGUGUGAUAUUUAAUGAGCGGACAUUUGUGUUGAAUACCCCACCGACGUCUGACUCCGACGAGAAAAGAACGAAAACAUCUUCUGGCUGUACGUCAAUAGACUUGGACGAACCUUCUACAUUGAAAAGACAAAAGGUCAUUCGUAGACGACGCCUGCGGAGUAUUAGUGAUGAUAAUCUCCCACUAUGUAAAAGAGUGGCUAAUAGACAUCCAAUUUCCUUUCUAACGCUCCCAAAGGGUCUACCAAGUCCUUUCGACACCAAGAGUAACCAGGGUAUAGAGGAAACUCCAAAAACCACAAGAUCGAAAUCAACGUCUCAGUUGCAGCUGACUAGUCCCAAAAAGGUAACAUUCGGUUCCCUUUACGACAUUGAAUACUCUGACAAUGGAGAUCCGAGCCUUUUGGGGUUAACACUUCCUAAAGGAAUACCAAGUCCUCCUAGUCCUAGUGAAGAAGAAAUACCCGGAGUCAGACCUCUUGAUUUAGACAUGGCGAAAGCUGGAAAUAAAAGGAAAAAUGACGUCACAACAACCGCUUCGGAUUGUUCAGAGGAAACGUGGGACUCUCACAGACAUUACUUGAAGACUCCGAAACUGUCAGAAAACUUGCUGAAUGACGGUGACGUGUCGUUUGCUGAGUCUUCAAGAACGAAAUCACCCGCUUCUUCUAAAGCCAAUGACGAAGAUGACAAUGAUGACGAUUUUUCCAGUCUUGCGUCCAGCAUAGUGACUGACAGUCCACUACGUCAGUCCCGCUCAAGAAGAUGUUUGUCCUUUGCUUCGCCCAACAAACUGACGAGGUCGAGGAAACGGAUUUUCGGCAGAGGUGAACUGGAAGUUUCGCUGAAAUGUUUGGACAACGUACUUACAAUUCACGUAAUUCGCGGUAGAAAUCUAGGACGACCAGGAGCAGAACCUUGCAAUGCUUAUGUAAAGGUCUGCCUCAUCCCCGGUAACACGGACCACCAGUUCCACCGUACCUGUGUCCGGAGAUAUUCCAACAACCCCAGGUUCGAUCACCGCUUUCUGCUGCAACUUUGUGACAACGACGCUGAUCGCAGAGUGCUCGUAUCCGCCUGGCAUCGCGACAGGGCGAGGAGGAGAAGUGAAUUCCUGGGAUGUAUGUCCUUUGCUGUCAAAAAUGUCACAAAAAAGGAGAUAAGUGGAACGUUCAGACUCUUGUCACAGCAAUGUGGCAGGACACAAAAUGUAGCCACCACAUCCACAGCUGCUGACCAUCCAGAUGUAAUGGCAAACCAGUCAGAGUCCAGCGUGGAGGAGUGUGUAAGCAUCGAGGAAUCGGAUGUCGCACCCACUCCCGACCCUGCUCAAGAGAAGCGGACAUCAAUAUCGAAGAAAGAUGUGGAUAAAACAUCAAAUGAAGACAGCAUAUUCCUUAAGCAUCUGGAGCUGGACCCGCCAGUGGAGAACGGUCAAAGCAAGGGUCAGCUGCAGGGCAGCAAGGGAGGGCGAACACCUUUCACCACGACCAAGAGGCUGUCCAGACAACCGGGGACUAGCUUCGGCUUCUCAAUAGCGUGGACGCAUCCCCCGAGAAUAGAGCGUGUGGAGGCAGGGUUACCAGCAGACCAGGCAGGGUUGAGGCCGGGGGAUUACGUUAUCUUUGUUGACAAGACCAACGUGGUAACACUGCCUGAAGAGGAGAUCCUUAAGCUUAUCAAGUCAUGUGGCAACACUUUAACGCUGGAAGUAUACAGGAAGGUUUCGGCUAACGGAACGAUUGCCCGAAGCUCGCUUGUAUCCACCGUUGGUCUGCCAGUGGCGCCUCGACAAUACACCUCCACCACAUGUUCAGCAGCCACUGGCGCCACUACGACAACCGCCUCCGUCCCUGCAGACAUCACCAAGAGAAGGCUACACCUGCCUCAAGUUACCUUUACUAGCGAGGGCAGCCCUGAGAGCUCCAGUGAGGGCCGGAGACAGGCUGUCUACCAGCUGCUACACCUAGAGCAGCAGUACACUCUGUGCCUUCAGUUCGGAAUAGCCAGGUUCCUGUUGCCCCUCUCAGAAAGGAGGGACAUCAUUACACCACAGGAUCACAGUGUACUUUUCCAAAAUGCUCAAGAGUUAUUACGACUCACUGAAGAUUUGUUAGAGAUGAUGAUUCAAGAGGAAGGUGAACACUUUGGGAUGUCAGUAGGAAGAAUAUACUUGAGAAAGAUGACGGCCAUGAUGAGUGGAUACCGACGUUACUGCUGCGGACUCAAGAAGGCGGAUUGCUUGUUAGUGGAGAAAACAAGAAACUCAGCUUUCACAAAGCUCAUCACGGAACCUCCUGUUCCUCGCAGAAGACCUGACCUCACUACUUUUGUACAUAAACCCUUAGAACAUUUUCGUGAUAUUUUAAAGCUUUUACAAACAAUACAAAACACUACUUCCUCAAAAGAUGAAGACUAUCCAGCCAUUUCACGGGUGGUUCAUGAAUUCCAGGCUGCCUACAGAGAUAUAACAGUGGAGUCUGGCCUGAUGGAACCAGAAGUGGAGGGAAGGCCUUUGUUGUCACUGCAGGAUCUAGAAAGCAGACUAGUCUUCACCAGGUGUAAGCCAUUUGUCCUGAGCUCACCUGGCCGACAGUGGAUAUUCGGGGGCGACCUGAGUCGGGUCGAGGGCCGAUCCGUCCGACCAUUCUGGGCGUUGCUCUUCACCGACCUACUACUCUUUGCCAAGGUCAGCAGAGACAGAGUUCUAUUUGUCACGGAGGAACCGCUUUCACUUCAGUUUGUCAGCCAAGCUCUUUUCUCGAUACGGAAAAAAGCGACAGAGUUCAGACUGAUCCUGAGUGCUAACCCACCUGGGACAGACAGUCCAGCAACGGGUGGUUGCGGCGGCCAUCUACCCGACCUUCCUCUCACCCGAACACCCAGAAAAGGACGAGGUCGGCGCACCAUCGCUUUGCGAGCACCCUCACCCGAACUGAAAGCUGUCUGGCAGAACCUCAUACAACGGCAAAUUAUUUACCUCAAUACAGCCAGGGGUGGUACUCCUGCUAGCAGUCCACUGGACUCCCCCGACCCUCUGACAGCUGACUCCGUAGCUACUCUGGACUCUCUGUGUCUCAAGCGCCAGGUCUCAGAAGGCCAGAAACGCACAGGAUUGGAUCAGCUGAUAGAGCAUCGCUGCCGGCAAAUGGGCAAGUCUGGCAGCAACAAAGGUAGCGCUCUACACCUGGCGCAGUGGAUGAAGGGACAGCUCGGUAGUGGCAGCACAGCAGGCCCCGCCACGCCCGACACCGAGCCUGAACCUGAGGUAUGGUCUCCUGCUACUCUCCGCCGUCGUAAAGACCAACUUGACGGACGAGGAGGGCUGAACCGCUUUGGACCGAGAAAUGAAAGUCGUUGUGAGGAUUUGGAUGUGUCCGAUUAUGAGAGAAGCACCUCCAGAUGUACGGAACACAGCACCGAUCCUGAAGACAGCCAGAACACGGUGAAGUCCACAUCGGCCAACUCAGAGCAUCCCCUCACAGUCUGCCGCCAGUGCCAUAAAACGUGCCUUGUCAGUAACAAUAACCAGGACUCGACCAAUCGUAAAGAUGUUAAUGCUAAUCGAUCCUGCGUCAACUUCACUUCCCUGGACGAUGCAGGAUGGACUCCGCUGACCAACUCCCCGACUCUGAGUCCGACAGACCCCUUCAAUCCGGUGCCACACAUCUCGGUGCUUCCUCCCAGUCCUCCCACAUCGCAGCCUAUUUCUCCUGCCAACAACAACUUUUGGGAGGACGCUGGCCUUAGCUCAGCCGUAGACAAUGGUAUAACACCAAAGGUGAUGUCGCGAGGAGGCAGUACAGAGGAGGCGGAAGAUGAUUCAGAGGGUGAUGGUGAGGGGGAAGGAGAGGGGGACGAGCCGCCCUACAGGUCGCUGUCUCCGUGCGGACUGCGACGUUAUGGCACAGUGAGCAGCCUGGAGCGACUAGAUGCUGAUGACUCGGACGGCGACGAGACUGGCAAAGAGCAAGAAGACCUUCCAGCAGAUGGAGUGGUGGGGGGACAACUAGAAUCUGUCAGUCAGUCUCUACGAGGCUGGACAAUACGAGCUGGAUACUUUGUCGCAGAGAAGAUGGCGCUAUUUGAGAGACUCGGAGAGGAUUCUCGAGCUACUUCAUUUUUCGAUAGAUAUCUUCGGUCUCUGCCAGACCAAGAUGUGUUUUCUCACGAGUUGGCAGCAACAUCAACGGCUCUGGCGGGGGAAGACGAGUGUGAAACUUCAGGUGGAACCUCAGGAGAAGACAUCUGGGGAACUCCUACCAGCGGAGACUCAGAACUCACAUCACCUACGCUCGAGCAAUGUCCUGACUGUCCUGGCCUUGGCACAGCCGCAGACGAUGCUAGGGAGGCUCUCAUGAUGGACGAGCUGCUUGGCAGUGUCACUCUCAUUCCUCUGAUGUCGUCAGUGGUGCGACGCGAGGGCUUCCCACAGCGCAGACGGCUUGAGCCGCUGCCUGAAGACGAAGAGGACACGACAGAGAGCUCUUCCUCACCUGAUGUCAGCGAAUGUACCAAAAGCUACAGCACUGACCAGGGCAACCGGUCUGAUAGCUGUGUGACGAGAGUCCGUGCCUCAACUUCGCCCUCCAGCCCUGGGUUCUUCACGAGACUGCGACUCAGACGAUCCCAUUCGGCUGAGUCACGCACCAACAAGGGUAGUAAAAUAUUACAGUUUCUUCGUAGUACCAAAAGUGAGGACAACACACCUAGUACAUCUUCAGGGAGUCGACUGAUGCGAUUAUUUAGUAAGGACUCUACUGAUGACAUUCCCACGACUAUUCCUGCACCGUUAGUGCCGCCUAAGCAAAAUGAAAAAACCCUGGAAAGAAGAUUCUGGAAGCAGAUAAGAAGAAGACGUACCACUCAUUCAGAAAGUUUAUCUCCUAAGUCAGCUUCCCUACCGGCAUCAUAGCAAAAAUAACAAUAUUUCUACCAUAAUGUGUUUCAAAUCCUAGUGGUUAUUUAAUUGUAUAUAGAAGAUGAACAUUUUUAUUGUUACUUGGGGAAAAAAGGGAAGUUUUACUACAAUCCAGUAGGCCUAUUGUUAUUGUUAUCUUUUUAUAAAAGGGUUGAUCCUAAAUAGUAAAAACACCACAUAACAGGCUUGUAUGAAAAUUGCAGGCUUGGUGUAUUGCAAGUUUAUGUAUAUAAUUCAAUCAGCAAUUUUUAUAUUUCAUCGGUUUGCCAACACCUGAAAUACACAGCAUACAAAUUUAUAGAAGAUGUGUUAAAUCUGAAUCAUAUAAUCUACUUACUAGUUUGAUAUAAAGUUUCUGUUAUCAUUGUAUAUUUAUUUCAGUGUAUAAAACAACAAUGGGUCAAGAAAAUCCUGUUUUAUCUCUCAUUAAUGUUUUUGUUCAAUCCUGAGUGUUAGGUAUAUUUAACUAUUACUGUAUAUUUAAAUUUUUAUUUAGAUAUUAUUGCUAUAUUUUGCUACAGUUAAUUCAUAAAAUAGGGUUGGUUUUUCUCUAAACUAAGAAUAAAAAGUAAAACCCCCGCUGCAGCAAACCUGCAGACUAAGCGAAUUUCCAUUUACCUGUUUGGAUUUACAAUAAAAUGUAGGUAUCCUUAAAAAUAUCACAUAUAUUCCCAAUUUAAAUUGAAUUAGUUUAAGGAGUAGGGACUUAAGUUUGCUGCAACAGGAAGGGUAAAAACGUUUUAAUUUUGUAAACUGUUAAUAGUUAUAGUAAGAAAUAAAUACUAUUUAGUAAGAAAAAAUCUUCCAAAUUUGAUCAAAAUAUGUUCAUAAACAAGAAAACUACAACAGUUUACUUAUUCUCCAUAAGAAUAACAUGGUAAUUUUAUUUUCCAUUUUUUGGAAUUUUCUCCGCAACCAUUAGGCACAAUGCUUCUGUUUACCAAAUUAUUUGCUUUUUUAAGCUCUACAAAAUGGUUUGAAAGAAACUGCAAAAUUUUAUGUUUUUGGGUCAGAAAUAGGAAAAACCAAUUUUUACCCCAUAAACAUUUUCAAUAGUUUCCAUAGUCCGAUCAUGCUGGUUCGCGAACUCGUUCGAAUAAAUGUAGGUUUACACUUUUAUGCCAAAUUUCAUCAAAAUCUGAUAAUUUUUGCUUGAGUUAUCAUGCUAACGAACACAUAUAUGUAUUUAAAUGAAUUUGAACGGAUGGAAUUUUUUACCUCUAGGGACCUCAAAACGAAAAAGUAAAUCGGUCCUGGGUCCAGAUCUUACCAUGAGUCUUAUUCCCUACCUAUAUGGGAAAUUUGCUAAAACAUACUUCAGAGCUGAAAAUGCAGUUUUAUCCCACUCAUGGUCUAAAAAUGCUUCAAUUGUAGGGGGAAAUGACCUUACAACAAUCUUUGCAUUCCUUAAAAUAUAAAAAUAAUUAUUUUUAAAAAUGAAUUUGUGUGCUUGUAAAAUUGCAGUUACUCUACGUAAUCUGUUGAAUACUUUGACUCCUUUGUAUAUCUUUUAUAAACUGUGCCAUCUGACAAAUUUGUCAUAUAGUUUGAAAGUUCUGUUUCUGCUAUUUCAUUGUUAAAACCUUCUACAUAGUUUAUUAGCUAGCCUUGUUGAUAAAAUGUAGUAUAUUGACUGUUCAAAUUCUUUGAUUCUCAGUGUUAAUGAUAACAGCAUCAUAAUGUCAGUGCUAAUAUGUCUGUUAUGUUUUCAUUAGUUCAAUCAAUUUUAGUUAGUUUUCGGUCCCAGUAUAAUGUUUCAGAAUUUAAAAGUGUUUAUUACUAUGCCAGUUAAGUAAUUUUGAUUUUGUUUGAAUGAUACUGAGGUGUUUUUAUCAAGCAUUUAGAUAAAGCAGGUAUAUUAUGGUAUAGAAUAUUCAAAAUGAAGUAUUACCACACACUAGACAGGUCGAUAAUUUUAGCAUAGAGGACUUGAUAAUCAUGUGAGCAUUUUUAGUAUAUUCUGUAUGGCACUAAUGUACGGUAAAAGCAUCAAUUAGGGAAAGCCUUAACUUGUAUUUUUAACUCUCAAUUGUUCUUUUAUCUAAUUUUAUACUUUCAGAAUCUAAAGAUGCAUAUAUGUAGGCUAUAUCUCUAAUGGUUGUGCAAAGAGUUCUCAACUUGAAGAAAUAAUUUUAUUCCUAUACAUAGUUAGGGUGCAUUUAAAUAUAUUUUGAUAAGCUUAAAUUUCCAUUAAGAAUUUGUACCUGGUUACAGAUAAUUUUCUAGAUAGCACUGUGAACUGUACAAAGCCUUGCUCUAGUUAUUAGAACUGUUUUAGUUGU